AUGAAGCGUUUGAGGAUUAUUGAGAAACCGGGCAUUUUAAAUGUUACUAAGGAUUUGCUUAAAUUAUUAUCAUUAUUAUAUCCAAAUAAAUUAAUGGUUAAUGAAGUAAAUACAGUAAAGAAUGAAACAAUCAAAAAUUAUACACAGUCUUCUUUCUCUGAAAAUUCAUCAUUUGAAGGUUAUAUCUAUCUAAUCUAUUUGCUUAUUAGUAUAGUAUUAGCAAUAUUUAUUAUUGGAGCAGUCUAUUUCUUGUGUACAUAUUCAAAGACUAUGUCAUCUUGA